AUGGCCGAUUCACGGCGCCGGUUGUUCGGCGCGGUGUUAUUGUGCUGGGUGUUUUACUUGAUCGGCUUCUCCCAGGCUCGAGAGACGAAAUACAUCACCGGCACCGACGCCCAGGGCAUCACGCGCCAGCUUGCCGUUGACCGUUAUCCUGCCCUCUAUACCGGCGAUUUUGGCGAUUGUCUCGGGGGGCAAAGUCUGUUCAACAUUACAAAGCUCGACGCUGCAUAUUAUACCGACAACUCUUCCGUCAUCUUCCACCUAGAUGGCACCUCAAAUCUCCGAAACGAAUCACUCAUGGUUGUGAUCACGUUGGAAGCUUAUGGUGAAGAGAGAUACAGCCAGACAAUUGACCCGUGUACUGCCAUCUUUAUGCGGGAUACCAUGUGUCCGCUCAACGCGAGCAAGCCGAUCAGUGCGUAUGCAGGGUUCAUAAUAGGCCCUCAGCAAGUCGGUUCCAUCCCUUCCAUCGCUUUUGAUAUCCCCGACUUCGAGGGCUCUAUCAAGUUCCAAAUCUUCGCCAACUCGAGCCAGACCGAAAUCGGCUGUUUCCAAGCUGUCAUGACCAACGGCAACACCUUCAGCCAUCCAGAGGCAGUCGGCCCAGUCCUGGGUGUCUUUCUUCUUGUAGGCAUCAUAGCCUCUCUCGCUACGGCCAUAUACGGUGUCAGCAUACCUCACAUGAGAACCCACUACGCUCAUUCGAUCUCGGUUCUGGUCAUGUUCGAAACACUUCAGGCCAUAUUCUUCUCCGGGGCGCUCUCUGUAAACUGGCCCAGCGUCCUCCCAGCAUUCUGGAGCAAUUUUGCAUGGUCAGCAGGCAUCAUCCGCAGCUCAUCCAUGGUGAAUUCCCUUGACGGGUUUGCCGGUAUCAGCGGCAAUGCCAGCCAAGCCGGCGGUGCUGGAUCCUCGGUCAUUAACAGCGGUGGCGGAAUGGCCCGCAAGAUCUACGGACGUUCGCUGCAGACUGGAGAAGCCGUCGGGCACCUGAUGAAGCGCAAGACCUUCAACGAGAGUGAUCCGUACGACUACAAAUGGGGAGGCGACCCUGUAUCACCCGGUAUGCCAGCUCCAGGAACAUGGACCGGCUUCCCAGCCACGUUGUCCAUGGCCGGCGUGCCUUCUGGUGACGCUUUUCUGAUCAGCUUGAUCUGGUUCUUGGUCUUGCUCGGGCUCGUAAUCAUCUCAGUGCUUGCUCUCAAAGGGAGCCUCGAGAUGCUUGCGCGGUUUAAGAGGAUCAAAGAGGAUCGCCUGGCGUAUUUCCGCUCUCACUAUUGGAACUACACACUCCUCGCUGUCUUGAGGACGUUCUUUAUCGCCUUCUCCGCAAUGACGACUUUUGCAAUUUUCCAAUUUGCGAUCCACGGAUCCACCGGCGCGACGGCUAUUGCUGCAAUCGUUUUCAUCCUCUUCUUGGCAGGCGUUGGAGGGAUCGCAUGGUAUGCGUGCCAUUUCAGACUCCGUUUCGGAAAUUUCUCCAUCAGGCCCGACACGGUUGUGUUUCACCAGACUCGCAUCGUCAAGGUCAUUCCUUGCUUGCUGCCGACCCGGACCAGCACGCUGACGGCAAGGGGCUUGACACCGCGCGCGAAUGCCUCGCUGCCCUUCUUCAGGAUCCACUACGACGAUCAAGACCCAAACAGGGCCACCGUUCACAAGGACCAAGCCUACGUGAAGAGGUUUGGCUGGCUGUCUGCUCGAUACCGUCGGACUAGGUGGUGGUUCUUCGUCUACUACCUUGCCUAUCAACUGAUCCGGGCGGCGUUCAUUGGAGGCGCUGGCGCGUCACCUCUAGCGCAAGUCUAUGGCCUGCUGGUGGUCGAGAUUGUCGCAUUCGUCGUCAUUGCUAAACUGGACCCCUUCGAAGGCUCUCGGAAUACGGCGCUGGCGGUGUGGAUGCUCAGUAUCAGCAAAGUGGUCACAACUGGCCUGUCUAUCGCAUUCCUUCCCGCGUUCAACCUAAAUAGGAUCAUCGCUACUGUGCUGGGAGUCAUCAUCAUCGUAGUGCAAGGGUUCCUUGUCAUCGCUAUGAUGAUUCUCAUUGUUCUAGGCGCCAUCUCAUCCUGGAUGUCGCUCACACGCAAUCGUGAAGAAUUUGAGCCCGAGUGGCUAGAUGGACUUCGACUCCGGUACUUUGAGAACCUCGACAAGAAAGCUGCAGAUCUCCCCACGCCUGCAAGCGAAAAGAAGGACAAGAAGGGCAAAGGGAAGGAGAAGGACGGUUCAGAUGAGCCCGAAGUACCGAAAGAGCCAUACUUCUCGGUCAACACUGUCCGUCGUGCUCCGAAGAUCGAGGACGAGAAGGAGCCGCUCGAUGAGUUGGCCGAGAUGGCGGCCAUUGCAAGCCAGAGCGGCGCACGCGAAUACUAUCGACCGACUAACCGGAGGAGCAGAGCCUAUAGUGCCGGCUCGCGAUACUCGGUGAAUUCAGUAACCUCGACGAAUUCGGUGACGACGUUGCCAAAGUCUGGACGCCAGCACCGUGCCUCGUGGAGCUCAAAGGACAUUGCAGAGUGGGAUGCCUCUGUCACCAAGUCAGAGAUUAACAACCCGACACGUUCUCGGAGGGUCAGCAGCUCGAGCCUGAACCACGCAUAUAAGGACUCUGAUAGAAGCUCGACUCCUCUUAUCGGUCGGCCAGGCAGUGGUACCAACGGCCGACGAUCCAUCACACCGUUGCCACCCUCGAGCUUGCGAAACUCGAUGACGCCCGGCUCCCCGACCAAAGAGAUCCCCGAAGAGGAAGAGGGAGAGGACAGCGAGGUGUCUCCGAUCACCGAUAUCCCCGAGGAGAAAUUGGACGAAGAGAAAACCGAUCGUCCGUUGGCCCCAUAG